AUGCACCUAGACCAAACAUUGAGACGCAAUCCAGACGCAGAUCCAAUUUCCGGUGGUGCGGUGAUGUUUGCGGAUGGCAGUGUGGUGCUUAGGGAUGGUGCAAGGCGGCAGGGGAAAGCCGAGUCGGAUGGACUGGGCCAGACGACCCCUGGCUCCAAGCAUGUCGGGACUGCCGCAGGUGUGCGGUUAGUGGGCGUUGCUGCAUCUGUGAGCAGGCCCUCAGGCUUGUGCGAGAGCGUGGUGUUGCUGUAA